AUGACACUGGCAAUGCUGCGGGACUGGUGCAGGUGGAUGGGCGUGAACGAGCAGCACUCCCUGCUCCUUGUGGGCAUCCCGGACGACUGCAAGGAGGAUGAAUUCGAGGAGGCCGUGUGGACUGCCCUGAGGCCCCUGGGCAGAUACCGAGUGCUGGGCAAGGUCUUCAGAAAGGAGCUGGGGAAGAAGGUUGCCUUGGUCGAAUUUGCUGACAGCUUAGACCACAGCUUGAUCCCCCAACAGAUACCAGGCAGAGAGGGGCCCUGGAGAGUGAUCUCCUUGCCCCAGGUUCCUCAUGCCGAGUUACAGGGGGGAGCCUCUCUCCCCAUACAACACCACGGGCAAGAAGUGGCAGGUGUGGUGGGAACAGCAGGAGUUUCAGGUGAUGAAGGAGCUGCAGGUGAUGUGGGAGACCCAGGUGUGGCAGGAGUUGAGAAGGUGGCAGGAGCUGCAGGUGUGGCAGAAGCCACAGGGGAGACAGGGGCUGCAGGUGGGGCUGGAGCCACAGGAGAGGCAGGGUAUGAGGAUGUGGCAGGAGCACUAGGUGUGGCAGCAGCCCUGGAUGAGCCAGGAGGCACCGACAAACCUGAAGCCUGGGUGCAGCAGUGGAGGUACGUCCUGCAGCCCUUGCUGGAGACCUUGGCCUACCAGGAGCUGAGACCCUUUUCUGGGCAGGAAGAGCCAGGCCCUGGGGAACAGCCUUUUGACUGGUGGGUGAACCAUGUCUAUGACAUGCUGUGCCUGUGGCGCCAUGUGUCAGAGAGGGAGAAGAGGAGGAGGCUGGUGGAGUGUCUGAGUGGUCCGGCCCUGGACCUCUUGUGUAACCUCCUGGCAGAAGACCCCAACCUCACUGCACAGGACUGCUUGGUCACCCUGAUGCAAGUGUUUGGGGCCCCAGAUACGAGCACGACCUCAUGGUUUAAAUUCCUCACCUGUGCUCAGCAGCCCAGGGAGAGCCUAUUUGCCUUUGUGAUGCGCCAGGAAGGCCUGCUGCAGGUGGCCAUGGAGAAUGGGGUGAUCCACCCGGCCAUGGCAGACCAGGUGCGUGCCCGGCAGGUGUUGUUGCAGGCUAACUGCAAUCCCACUCUGGGCAGGAAGCUGAGGAGGAUGUACAUGGAGGAGCGGCCUCCGGGCUUCCUGGGGCUGCUGAAGCUAGUUCAGGAUACUGAGGCAUGGGAGGCUGCCCAG